AGUCUCAGUCCCAAGUUGGAGCUAGCAGCUGCCUGCGCCAUUCCCGGCAAUGCAGCUGGCAGCGAUGCCCUGUACGCCUUUGGCGCGCAGGAUGGCUGACUUUGGAUGGUGUGGCGAUCCUCCGGCGGGACAGGCAAAGGAUGCGCGACCAGAAGUCCCUGCACAGUGCCAGAUGCCACAGGGCACCAGGCCAGAAGCUCUGCAAGCCCCGCUUGCCCCGCAAGCUCCGGCCACUCCACUGCGGGAGGUGAGGCAAGAAGCGAAUGCUGCGGUGGCCACGUACGCGUCCAGGGACUCCCAGGGCCGCGUCUGGGGUGUCCCCAACGCCGGUGGCCGCGGUCAAUGUCUAGACUGCCCCAGGAAGGCCAAGCUGCCAAGUACGCGAUGCGCGGAAUGUCAGCUGCGCCGCUCGCAGGGGCAGCCCAUGGCGGACGUCAGCGCCCUGCGGGAAGCCUUCGAUCGCUUGCUGCAGCGCCAGCCGGGCCGCCAGGCGCAGAUUCAGGUCCGCCUGGAUGCUCUCUAUACGCAGCUGCAGGGCGGGCAGAUCUCCGAUGCGCUUCAAGACCAGCUGCGCUUCAUAGGCUCCGCCGAGCCCAAGCAGGCACAGGCGAAGCUGCAGGAGAUGAUCGCGGAGCACUGGCAGCAGCACAAGUACUGGCUCUCCGGGCUGAAAUGGCUAGUGGUGGCACCAGAGCACUAGGAGCAACGUUGAGGUCGCAUCCUGCUAUUACUUUGAGCUGACCAGCUAUCUCCUGAGGCAUCGCCUUUGUACAGAAGGAGCCAUGGCAGGCUUGAGGAGGGUGGUGCAGAUGUGAUCA